AUGUGGAUUGAACUUGCGGUGAUUUUUGCGGCUUUUGGGUUGAGUUCUGCCUCGGCGAAUUGCGCAUGCUCGGGAAACUUCACCGCGUACAAGCCGACGUAUAGUAUCACGGCGGCUGAGGAUCCGACGCAGAUGUACGACCAUUUUGCGCCGUGUUAUCCCGAUGGUGGUGUCUGCUACAGUAUCAUUAACCCGAGCGUUCAGGGUUAUGGCGUUGGGUGGAUCAUCAUCGACAACUUUAUCGUCCCAGAUGGCUAUAACUUUACUGUCACUAUCACUGACGGAAGCGUCACGAAAUUUGUG